AUGACUUUGGGUCUUUGGAACAAACUUAGAAGGAGGGACGGUGGUGCCGCUGUCCUGCCUGUCACUCCUAUGAAUCUAACUAGCAUGCAGGGCAAUACAAACAGCACUGGUGGUAUUGACGAUAGUUUUAGAUAUGGUUUUGACCAUACCGAUUCUAUUGUGCCCAUGAGCAAUACACACUUUGGCUACACUUCCAACAAGCCAAUUCCCGAUACGUCGAUCAAUGUUCAGACCGAUGCUGGUUCGUGUAGUGACACGGAUGUUCUACAAUAUAUGCUAGCAGGCCAAGCCAAGUCUAAUCUAAAAAACACCACUUUACGGGCAAAUGCACGACAGCUAAAAGGCGGGCCCAGAGCCAAUUCCACUCAAGGUCAGUGCAAAAUAUUAAUUGCUUAA